UAUCUUCCGGCCACGUCCUAAUUAAUAUUUAAUACACACUCUCUCGCCUCAUUGGCCCAUGAUAAAUAAUUAAAUAUAUCAAUUCAAUGGCUUCCAUUUCAGUUCUCCGAAUUCCACCGCUAUCUGCUGGGAGAGCUUCAACCACGACCGCCACCACCACCACAACCACCAGAUGGCGCAUAUCAAACGCUGCUCAACCGUCCGGUUUCUCCCAUUCCACUUUAUGCGUGCAAAGAAGCCCCAUGAGUUACACAAGAGACAUUGGGAGAAGAGAAGUAGUAAUCUUAUCCGUUGGAUUGGUGAGUGGAGCUCUGUGGAAUGCUUCGAUUGACGGAGUAGCUUUGGCAUCUGAAUUCGCUGACAUGCCAGCAAUCCGGGGCAAGGAUUAUGGCAAGUCAAAGAUGCGGUAUCCAGACUACACUGAAACAGAUUCAGGUCUUCAGUUUAAGGACUUGCGAGUAGGAGAUGGCCCCAAGCCUAAGAUGGGAGAGACAGUUGUGGUUGAUUGGGAUGGUUAUACCAUAGGAUACUAUGGCCGCAUAUUUGAAGCUCGAAACAAGACAAAGGGUGGUUCCUUUGAGGGAAAUGAGAAGGACUUCUUCAAAUUCAAACUAGGAUCUGGCGAGGUAAUACCAGCUUUUGAGGAAGCUGUUUCUGGCAUGGCUUUGGGUGGAGUUAGAAGGAUAAUUGUGCCCCCAGAACUGGGAUAUCCUGAGAAUGACUUCAACAAGAGUGGCCCAAGACCAACAACAUUUUCGGGCCAAAGAGCCUUGGAUUUUGUGUUGAGGAACCAGGGACUGAUAGACAAAACUCUACUGUUUGAUAUUGAACUCCUCAGAAUUAUGCCAAGCUGAGUAAUCAAGAUGCUCCGCUUGUACCAUAAAAAAUUAGGUGCCGAUUCUGCUGGCACAGAAUAGCUCAUUACGGGAGCCAUGUUAAUAAAACACUACCAUUCCAGGGACUUGAAGAAUUUAAUUCAAGAAGCUGCAAAGGUUUUGUUCAUCAUUUAAAUAUCAUAGCUCUAUGUCUGUAGGCAUACCAAGAUAUGAAGGAUUGGAGAAUUUAGAUUUUAUCAUCUAGUUGGUCAAAAUUUUUGUCUUGUCUAAUCUUAUUUUAGUGUAAUAUCACUAGUGAAAAUUUGGAUUAUAUUGUGGCUUGUUCCCAAUGGAUGUAGAUUUCCUCUUU